AUGAUUGUCAGCCCAGAAAUGAUGAAGACCUCCACGGCUCGAACAGCGUCCACUUCGGUGGCUCCCAUCCCUACGAUCGUUCCCACCCCUCCUCAUAUUGUCGCAGCUGGAGAUGUCGGCAAUAGGACGUUGUGGGUGGUGGUCGUGAUCAUGGCCAUUUCGUCGCUCGCCUUCUAUGGCAUGGCCUUCCGCGUCCCAGUGCAAAAACGCCUCUUCCACAUCAUAACCGCCUUCAUUACCACCUUUGCCUUCCUGUCCUACUUCGCCAUGGCUACUGGCGACGGCAUCAGCUUUGCCAGCUACACCGAAACUGAACAUCACAAGAAAGUCCCGAGCAUUGAUGUUGAGGUCAAGCGCGAGAUCUACUGGGCAAGAUAUGUCGACUGGAGCAUCACGACCCCUCUCUUGCUUCUCGAUCUUUCUCUGCUUGCCGGUCUCAGCGGUGCCAACAUCCUUGUUGCCAUUGUCGCCGAUAUCAUCAUGGUAUUGACUGGUCUUUUCGCCGCCUUUGGUCAGGGCAAGGACAGCCAGAAGUGGGGCUGGUAUGCCUGGGGCUGCAUUGCCUACCUCGUUGUCGUCUAUCAACUUGCCAUCGGCGGCCGCGAAACUGUUGCUCGAAAAGAUAGCAAGACCAAGGCUUUUUACGCCUCCAUCGCCGGAUUCACCCUGAUUCUCUGGACCAUCUACCCAAUUAUCUGGGGUCUCUCUGAGGGUGGCCACAUCAUCAAUGUCGAUUCCGAGAUCAUUGCCUAUGCCGUCCUCGAUAUCCUCGCCAAACCAGUUUUCGGCUUCUGGCUCCUGUUCACUCACGACAGCAUGGCAAGCACCUCUCCUUCGCUCGAGGGCUUCUGGGCUCAUGGCUUUGGCGAACAAGGCACUCUUCGAGUUGGUGAUGACGGCGAAGCCUAA